UCUAAUUUUCUUUUCUUGCUAUUUAGAAUAAUUUAUAUAUACAUGUAUCUAUAUAUCUAUCGUUCCAAGAAUGGUGGGAUCUACGGAAACGGAACGAACAGGUCCUUACGGACGAGCAUGUAUCAGUUGUGCCCGUGCCAAAACUAAAUGUAACUUUGGUGGUGACCAUAGAAUUUGUGAGAGGUAUCUCCAUAACACAGAACAUUCCUCUUUUCCAGUAGACUGAUUUUUCUAGAUGUGCUCGGCUCAAAAGAGCGUGUAACCCGGCUCCCGUGAAACGGAGACAAAAGCCACGAAUAACUGCAGAACGACUUGAACAAAGACUAGAUGGGCUCGUAUCUCUACUAAGGACCAUUUCACCAAAUAAUCCUACGGUUGAGAAUGCCCUGAAUAAUAUCACAACUCGUACUUCUGGCAAUAAUGCAUCAGCCUUCCGCCCUUCUACCGUGAAUACACCGGUGGGAGACUCAGAUGAGGCAGCAUCUAUUGGCCAAUGUGCCGCUCAUUUUCCUCCAACCCCAGCUUCAAUCACAACGACGCCAUAUCCAUAUACGCUCCCAGUGGGCGCGGAACCAACAAUAGAAGAAGCAGAAAGAUAUUUUCAAUCCUUCUGUACAAGGAAUCUUCCUCAUUUUCCAUUCAUACAGUUUCGAGAUGGCAUGACUGCCUAUCAGCUACGUCAAGCACGCCCGUUCUUUUGGUUAUGCAUCAUGACAAUGUCAUCAACUGUAAUUGGCCGGCAAAUCAAACUUGGCAAAGUGAUUCGAGAAAUUGCAGCUCGUGAGCUUGUUGUUGAGGGGAAAAGGAAUUUAGACCUCUUGCUAGGCUUGGUUUGUUUUGUCGGAUGGUAAGCUCUUUUCAUUUCAAUGAUGGAUUCUGGUUACUUACUGUAGUUCUAGGGGGCAAUAUCAAAUACGAACUGCACCAUUCAUGACUUUAUUCUCUAACCUCAUUGUCACACUCGUGCUUGAUUUGGAACUCCACAAGCCCACUACCGAAGAAGCAUCUCACAUCCUAGGGGUGGAACAUGAAACUCGCCAUCAUGAAAUGAUGGAUGUACCUGUGAAUAGAACCAUGGAACACCGUCGCUUAGUUAUAGCUUGUUAUUACCUAACUUCAGCGUAUGUGCAUAACUUUACUCACUCUGCAUGAUAUGAUCAUCGUGGUCGAUGCUAAUAUUGAUUUAGUCUAUCAACUUUCCACAAGAAACUGGAGAGCAUAGUCUGGUGUCCCUAUCUAGAUAAAUGUCUAUCAACAAUAGCAGAAAGUAAAGAUCCAUCUGAUGAGCUUUUAGUCUGCCAGGUUCGACUCCAAAACGUUGUGCGUAAGACAACUGAAGCAUAUAUACACCUCAUUCGCGAUGGCACGCCAAGCAAACCUGGUGCUUCCAAUCUUAUCAUGCUCUAUAUCCAAACUCUAAGAUCACAAUUGGCGGAAGUCAAAAACAAAAUACCGCCACAUUUAGAUUGCAACAGUAAGCUUCUAUGGUAGAUGUUACACUUUUAGAACUAUUUAAUAACAAUUUUACAGGGGCGCUAAGUCUACAAAUCUUCGGCACGGAAGUGAUAAUCAACGAACUUGCCAUCCAUCUUCCUAAUUCCACAGAAUCUACAUCCUUAGAUGCCUCACUUUCUCGAAUGGAGGCACUCCAUCGCUGUCUUAACUCCAUAAAAUCUUGGUUUGACGUUCUACUCAACUCGUCAGCUUCAUAUUACAUAGGAUUACCACUUCCAAUAUGGAAACAGUUCGGUGGCGUCUUCUUUCCUUUGUAUCGUCUUACGGUAUUGAAAGAUCCUGCUUGGGAUACCAAUAUGGUCAGGGAAACUUGUUCACCUGGGCGCGUCUUAGAUUUGUUAGGUCAAAACUUAAGAGAAGCCGAAGUCGAAGCUGCAUGGGAGAAGCAUGAUAGCGAUGUCGAAAGUAUCUUCACAUGUUCGGAAAAGGUCAUGAAGAUGAUGAAAGCAUGGGUUGAUCGUCUACCGGGAUUCAAUGCACCAAAUACUGAUAUUUCUAAUCCCAUCGAUAACUUUCAAGACAAACAGCUACAGCCAGUUCCAGAGACAGAUCAACUAGCUUGUAUGUCAAAUUUUAUGCCAUUAGAGAUGGAAGAUGUUUGGUCACAGGAUUUUAUGGGACUGUGGGAUAUAUAUCCCAACACUUGAUGAUAUUUCUCAUCGGUAGUCUCUAGGAUUUGGAAUACAUAAGAUACAUUUUUGGUGCAGUAAGAACGCACAAGUACUGAUAAUGAUAAUCAACUCCAUUUUACUUUACAUGAUUUGCAUCCUACC